AACGUUCUCUCUCCAUCUGCUCGACCCUGGACACGGUAGAUGCAUAUAAACCAAGGGACUGCCUCUAGGGUUUGGGAGUUUCAGGGGGAGAGCCACUCAGAUAUUCUUCGAAGAUUUCCUGAUUAGAGGUUGGGAUUCGGAGGUAUUUUGGAGGCGUUUUUGCGAUUCUGCGGAGGAUUAGGGUUUAGGAUAGAUGGGGACGGAGAGGAAGAGGAAGGUGAGCCUGUUCGAUGUCGUGGAUGAGAGCUCAGUGGCGGCCAAACUCACGAAAUCUAACGGUGGCACAAUUCUUGGGAACAGCAACCUUACGAUCAAUCGGUGGAAUGGGAGACCGUUCUCCCAGAGGUAUUACGACAUCUUGGAGAAGAGGAAGACUCUUCCAGUUUGGCAUCAGAAAGAGGAGUUUUUGCAAGCCCUCAAAGCCAACCAAAGCCUGAUCUUGGUUGGUGAAACUGGUAGCGGUAAAACCACGCAGAUUCCUCAGUUUGUUCUGGAAGCAGUUGAUAUAGAGACCCCAGAUAAACGUAGGAAAUUCAUGGUUGGCUGUACCCAGCCUCGCAGGGUGGCUGCAAUGUCCGUUUCUCGUCGGGUUGCUGAAGAGAUGGAUGUAACUAUUGGAGAAGAAGUUGGUUAUAGUAUUCGUUUUGAAGACUGCAGCAGUGCAAGAACAGUUUUGAAGUAUUUGACUGAUGGUAUGCUGCUAAGAGAAGCUAUGACUGAUCCGCUUUUGGAAAGAUACAAAGUAAUAAUUCUUGAUGAGGCUCAUGAAAGAACUUUGGCAACAGAUGUUCUGUUUGGGCUUUUGAAGGAAGUACUGAAAAAUAGGCCAGAUCUUAAAUUAGUUGUAAUGAGUGCUACUCUUGAGGCAGAAAAGUUUCAGGGUUAUUUUAAUGGUGCUCCUCUUAUGAAAGUUCCGGGAAGGCUUCAUCCAGUAGAGAUUUUUUAUACCCAAGAGCCUGAGAGGGACUAUCUUGAAGCAGCAAUUCGUACAGUUGUUCAGAUACACAUGUGCGAAGGUCCAGGUGACAUACUUGUAUUUCUUACAGGAGAGGAAGAAAUAGAAGAUGCAUGUAAGCGAAUAUCAAAAGAAAUUGCCAAUAUGGGAGAUAAUGUUGGGCCUGUUAAGGCUGUUCCACUGUAUUCAACACUUCCUCCGGCUAUGCAGCAGAAAAUUUUUGAACCUGCUCCUCCGCCCUUAACAGAGGGUGGUCCUCUGGGAAGGAAGAUUGUAGUGUCAACAAACAUUGCAGAAACAUCCCUAACCAUAGAUGGUAUAGUUUAUGUGAUUGAUCCAGGGUUUUCAAAACAGAAGGUUUAUAAUCCCCGAAUUCGUGUUGAAUCUUUACUGGUCUCUCCAAUAUCGAAGGCUAGUGCUCACCAAAGAGCAGGGCGUGCAGGAAGAACACAACCAGGCAAAUGUUAUAGACUUUACACUGAAAAAAGUUUUAAUAAUGAUCUUCAGCCUCAGACUUAUCCAGAAAUACUGCGAUCAAACCUUGCAAAUACAGUUCUCACCUUGAAGAAACUAGGAAUUGAUGACCUGGUACACUUUGAUUUUAUGGAUCCUCCUGCACCUGAGACAUUGAUGCGUGCACUAGAGAUGCUAAAUUAUUUGGGAGCAUUGGAUGACGAAGGCUACUUGACAAAGCUGGGUGAAAUUAUGAGUGAAUUUCCUCUGGAUCCACAAAUGGGCAAGAUGCUUGUUGCCAGUUGUCAACUUAACUGUUCAAAUGAGAUCCUGUCCAUAUCAGCCAUGCUUUCAGUACCCAAUUGCUUUGUCCGGCCUAGGGAGGCUCAGAAAGCUGCGGAUGAAGCAAAAGCACGGUUUGGACACAUUGAUGGUGACCACCUGACGCUCUUGAAUGUAUACCAUGCAUACAAACAAAAUAAUGAGGAUCCUUCUUGGUGCUAUGAGAACUUCGUUAACCAACGGGCGCUAAAAGCUGCUGAUAACGUAAGGCAACAGCUGGCUCGCAUCAUGGUUAGAUUCAACCUCAAGCUAUGCAGUACAGAUUUCAACAGCCGGGACUACUAUGUGAAUAUCAGAAAGGCUAUGCUGGCUGGAUAUUUCAUGCAGGUGGCUCAUCUAGAGCGCACUGGACACUAUUUGACUGUGAAGGAUAACCAGGUGGUUCACUUGCACCCUUCAAAUUGUCUGGAUCAUAAGCCGGAGUGGGUCAUCUAUAAUGAGUUUGUCUUGACGAGCAGAAACUUCAUCCGUACAGUGACAGAUAUUCGUGGCGAAUGGUUGGUUGAUAUAGCACCCCACUACUUCGACCUUGAAAACUUUCCCCAGUGCGAGGCGAGGCGGGUUCUUGAGAGACUUUACAAGAAAAGGGAAAAGGAGAGGGAACAGAGCAAGAGCAGAAAGUAAAGCUGUUUCAUCAUGUUUGCACUCGCCCUGAAAAUGCAGGAGGUUAAGAGUUCAGAGGGCGCUUACCGGAUUGGACAUGCUAAGCGCUCUCUCUCUAAUUUCUGGAAUGCCAAAGUUUACUGUACCAUUAAUACACAUGAAGUCUUGCAGUUUACUUUAUUUAGAUGUGUGUUUCUUCUUUGCCUUUUGCUAUUAGAUUAUUUGAGCAAUGAGAUGAACCCUUGUGCCAAGGGUAUUUACGUUGCCACCCAGA